AUGGCAAAGUAUCAAGGAGAAAAGAGGCUCAAUAAACUAGGACCAGAUUACUGCAAGGCUUACCAGAGUCAAAUUGAUGAUAUGAUUGCUAGGAAAGUCGCAAGGAAAUUGACUGAGGAUGAGAUUUACAGAUACGAUGGACCAGUAUUUUAUAUUCCUCACACUGAAGUGCUAAAGCCAGACUCAAGUUCUACUCCACUUAGGAUAGUUUUCAAUUCUUCCGCCAAGUACAUGAACUUCUCCUUAAAUGAAAUGUGGGCAAAGGGCCCAGAUGUUUUGAAUUCUCUCCUAGGAGUUCUGUUGAGAUUCAGAGAAGAGGAGGUGGCGUUCGCCGGAGAUUUGGCCAAAAUGUACAAUACCAUCCAUAUGUCCUUAUUUGAUCAGCAUUGCCAUCGCUUUUUGUGGCGAGACUUGAAGGUCCAUAACAAACCAGAUCAUUAUGUUUUAACUUGUGUCCCUUUCGGCGAUAAGCCUAGUGGUACCAUUGCCAUGCUUGCUUUAAGAUUAACUGCGGAAAUAAUUCAAGACCAGUACCCUGUUGCAGUCAAUGCCAUAGUGAAGAACAGCUAUGUGGAUGACAUACUAGGAAAUUGUGACAAUUAUGAGGGAGCAAACAAUUUACUGAGAGAGAUUGAAUUUGUUUUAGGCCAAGGAGGAUUUAAGGUGAAACAUUGGAUUCUGUCAGGUGCUCAUAACCCUAGCAAACUGGAUCUAGCAGAAACUCAAAAAGAAAAAGUCUUGGGUGUUGUGUGGGAACCCAACAGAGACGUAUUUGUGUUUAGUGUGAAAAUAAAUUUUUCUCCCAAACAUCGCAAGACACAUACGGGCCCAGAUCUUAAACCGGAUAACCUUACCGGUGAGACACCCCAGUAUUUGACCAAGAGAAUGCUUUUAAGUCAGAUUGCAACCCAAUUUGACCCCUUGGGACUUGUCUGCCCUGUAACUUUAAAGGCAAAAUUGAUGUUGAGGCGUCUUGUCUGUCCAGAGGGUGAUGAAGAUGCAAAAUACGGUUGGGAUGAUGCAGUGUUGCCACAGAUUAGAAGUGAAUGGCUGGAUUAUUUCCAGAUGAUGUUUGAGUUAGAAACUCUAUGGUUUCCCAGAUGUGUUAGGGAAGCUGACCACGUUGGUAACCCUACAUUGGUCAUAUUUUCAGACGGGUCUACUAUAGCAUAUGGAGCUUGUGCUUACGUUAGAUGGGAAUAUCGUACAGGAAUGUUUAGCUCUAGACUUUUGAUGGCUAAGUCUAAACUUGCCCCGCUCAAGCAGUUAUCAGUCCCUCGAAUUGAACUUUGUGGAGCCCUACUUGCAGCUCGGAUGAGAGAGACCAUCACAAAGGAACUUAACUAUAACUUUGAAUCUGUAAUACAUAUUGUUGACUCUGCUAUUGUCCGGGCUCAGAUUCAGAAGGAGAGUUUCGGGUUUGGUACUUUUACAGCUACGAAAAUUGCCGAGAUUCAAAGUAAAACUAAUCCCGAGGAAUGGUGGUGGAUACCUAGGAAAGACAAUCCGGCGGACAUGACCACCAAACCUGCUAAACCUGUUGAUCUUGCUGAAGGAUCCAUUUGGCAAAUGGGGCCCGCCUUCCUGUCUCUCCCUAUCAGCAUGUGGCCUAUAAGGAAAGACCCUGUCUCGGAAUUACCUGAUAAAGUGGGCAUCUUCAUUUCUCACGCUGAUGCUGAUGUUACUACCACAGGUCUUUGCAAAUUGUUUGAUAUUUCUCGGUUCAAUAGCCAUGAGAAACUGAUAAGGGUUACCAGUCGUGUCAUACGGGCGAUCAGAUCCCGAUCUCUUAGAGAAUCACUUUUAACUCCAACUGUAGAAGAUCUUGCGAUCGCUGAAAUGUUGUGGGUGAAGGAAGUUCAAUCUGAACUUGAUCCUGAUUGGGAAACUAAGUACCGUAGGUUAGGGCCUACCAGAAAUGAAGCUGGGGUGAUUGUUGUCGGUCAGCGUAUCCCUAAAUGGUUAAAGAAUAACUAUGAUCAGGACGGAUUUAUUUUGCUUUCUCCUGAUCAUGACUUUACUAAGUUGUAUGUGGAAUCUAUGCAUCGUCUGGACCAUGCUGGCAUUGAAGUAACUUUAGCCAAGAUUCAAUCCAAGUUUUGGGUACCAAAGGUCCGGAACAUGAUCAAAUCUGUGAGGUACAAAUGCAUCACCUGUCGCAAACUGAGGAAAGAAAUAGUUGGUCAACUUAUGGGACAGCUGCCAGAAGAACGCCUCAAACCAUCUCCUCCGUUUACCUACACUGCCCUAGAUUUGUACGGCCCCCUUUUAGUUAAAGAUAUGGUCAAGGGUCGCUCAAGAGGUAAAGCUUACGGUGUAAUCUUCAACUGUUUGGCCACUCGUGCUGUUCAUCUGGAUCUAAUUGAAGGGUAUAGCACUAGGGAUUUCCUUGAUGGACUUAGAAGAUUCGUAUCUAUCCGAGGAUGUCCGCGUGAAAUUUAUUCAGAUGUUGGUACUCAACUGACUGCCGCCAGUAAAGGAUUGAUAGAUCUGUCCAGGUUAAGUUCUGAUGACAUACAAGAUUUUGCUUGCAAUAAAGGGGGAGAGGUUAAAUGGGUUUUCAAUGCAUCAGCAGACGCACCAUGGCAAAACGGUGCUAGUGAAAGUCUAAUCAAAUCCCUUAAGAGAAGUCUGACUGUGGCUAUCGGUGAUAAUGUAUUAACCUUCAGUAAAUUACAGACAACCCUUUUUGAGAUUUCAAAUAUACUAAAUGAAAGACCUAUAGGUAUAAAGCCAGGAUGUGAUCCAGAACUUGGAAAAUACCUUUGCCCUAACGACCUCCUCCUUGGACGUACCUCUAACAAAGCUCCAAAGGGUGUCUUUGAGCACUUUCCUAGUCAUGAAUCUCGAUUGCAGUUCCACCAGCGCAUUGUAGAUUCAUUUUGGAAAAAAUGGACUAGGAUUUUUUCCCACUCUUCUGAUUCGUCAAAAGUGGCACAUUGA